AUGCAGGAGUGGGAAGUAGUUGAACAGGAAGUGGGCCACCCAGGCAAGAAGAUUCACAAGAAGACCAAGGCUCUUUGCUCUUUUCCAGUGCUUCUACCAGCAGGGCCUAAAGAAGAGCUGGGAAAGGCGUUUCAAGCUUUUGGCAUUACCUCAUUGAUCCAAGGCUAUCUCAUAACCUACUAUACAGCCAAGAAUGACCCUGAACUGUUGAAAAUAUGGAAAAAUUGGUGCCUGUUCUACUCACCUAGAGAAGCAAACCAACAUGAAAGUUUGAUUAACACUGAAGAAUCCAAUGUGGGAUGGAGUGGGAAGCAGGCAGGACAAAGGCCCUCAGAUCCUUCCAGUAGGACAUGGACUGACUCUGAAAUCAGGGUCUUCCUGCAGGAGUGGGAAGUAGUGGAACAGGAAUUGGGCCACCCAGGCAAGAAGAUCCACAAGAAGACCAGGGCUCUUUGCCAGCGCCUCCACCAGCGGGGUCUGAAGAAGAGCUGGGGAAGCUGCUUCCACCUUCUGCUGAGCCUGCAGGAUCUGCACAGGACGCUCUGUAAUGAGAGAUCGAGGAUGGAACCCUUGUUUUCUCCCUAUGCGGAGGCCCUCUACCGGAUCCUGGGCUAUGGUCUGCAGGAAAACCUUGUCCAAGGUCCUGUCUAUGAAGGGCCUGGUAAUCCCCAGCUUCUCAUGUACCCUCAGGCUCCCAGAUAUCAGCCUGGGGACUAUGGAGCCCCUGUUCCCUCUGUAAAGCUUCAAUGGAACCCGGUGCCGAUGAUAUCCCAGGGGUAUUUCCUGUUUCCCAGCUGGGAGCCCUGGAACCCCGGCUAUCCAAUGUCAGCUCCACACCUACACCCCACCUUUGUCCUAGGCGACCCAAGCUUCCAGCAGCUGUGGUCAGCCGCUGAAUAA